AUGCGUCUGUGCCGAGCUACCAGCUCACGCUGUCCUUUCACGCCGUGGAGGAGCAGCUCCGUGGAUCGGUUGAGGAUCGCAUCAGCGCCUUGUGCCACCUGGGGGAUCAAUGGGCAUCGAGGAGGCAAGCGAAGUGUUCAGCUUGCCUGCCAGCACGUUGCUGUAGGAGUCACGGGCGAGAGGGAGGCUGCCAUCAAGGUGCUGUCCAAGGUUGCCAAGCGCGGGGAUCCCGAUGCCUGCAGCGCCCUGAUCGCGUGCUUCCGCUACAGCUACGCAAGGGUGGGGGAGUACGCCGCGCAAGCCUUCUGCGACAUUGCGGAGCCACAGCAGGCCAUGGGGAUUUUGGGCAGCCUCCCGGAGGACUGUCCCCCAAAAGUGCGGAGGGCGGCCUUGCGUUACUUGGCGGACCUGGCUCGAAGAACUCGGAGGGCUGCUUUUGAGCCAAGCUUUGAUAGCAUCGGGCAGGCCGGUCACGCUUGGAAUGUGAUGGAUUUUCUCCACUUCUUGCCUGAGCCCCGUAGCUUGGCUGACACUCUGGUGGACUGGAUCAUCGGAAGCCCCGACUUGAGUGACUCAAACGUGGAAGCCAAAGGCCACGCGCAAGAAAUCGUCGACCUGCUGCAGCUUCCGCUUGAGCCAAGCACAUCUCUGGUAGGGUCGCUGGACUUCCAUAUCAGCUUGCCAGCACAUCAGAUUGUGAUCAGGGAACCGGCCCACAUAUCCGAGCAGGGUGGGAAUAGUCCCAUCACAUACUUUGAGAUCACCGUUCGGAUGCCGCCUGCUUGCAUCCAGUGGAGCGUGCAGCGGCGUUAUUCUGAAUUUCGGUCGCUCGCGAUGACACUUGGUGCAGACGCAUGGUCCUUUCCAAAUACCCCAUUUCCACCCAGGCACUUUCUCGUACCAUGUGCCGGGCCUUUGCUGGAGGCUCGCCGUCAAGGCCUAGAGACGUGGCUGUGCAAUGCCUUGCAGUCCGAUAUGGCGAAAACUCCGCAUUGGCGGAUACACAUAUACUUGUUCCUCCGCCCUGGUUGA